UACCCCCGCUGAUGGCAUAGAUCACCCAACCCUGCAUCUUCGUUCAGAGCUCGACUCUAUUUACACUCUGUCUCUAAGCAGGAUACCAGCCUCUAUUUUCCUCCAGGUUUGAAGCCACCCUAGCUCGCAAACUUCUUCUUCGUUCACGCACCCCCUUUAUCUUGCUGAACGAGGGGCCCCUUCACGUUCUUAGCACCAUCAUGGCAAAGUUGCUUGUCUUGUUGCUCUGCUCUUGUGCUCUGUCUUUGGGAGUCUUCAUUUUCUCUUCCAUUGAAGCCGUUCUCUUGAAAGCGAGUCGCCAACAUAAUAGUCGCUACCAUCAUGCGCUUACUCGGAAUCAAAAUACUGGCGGAACUACACCCACGCCUAUCGGUACUAAGCAUGUCGGGGAUUGGCCUGCUGCCAUUGUGAAGGCGAAAGCUGUCGUGGCAAGUAUGUCUGUGAAGGAUAAAGUUGCGCUUGCCACUGGUGUAGGUAGGGAAAAGGGUCCUUGUGUUGGUAACACCCCCGCUGUCCCAUCCAUCGACUACCCGGGUCUUUGCUUGCAAGAUUCCCCAACCGGGGUCCGGCUUGCGGAUUUUGUUAGCGUCUUCCCGGCAGGAAUCAACAUUGCUGCAACGUUCAAUAGGACUAUGAUGCGGGCUCGUGGCCUUGCAAUGGGCGCUGAGUUCAAAGGGAAGGGUGUGAAUGUCGCAUUGGGUCCUGAUAUCAACAUCGUUCGGUCUCCCAGAGCAGGGAGGAACUGGGAAACGUUUGGAGCUGAUCCAUAUCUCACUGGGGAAGCCAGCUUCGAGACUGUGAAAGGAUUGCAGGCUAACGGACUUCAAGCUUGUGUGAAGCAUUACAUUAAUAAUGAACAAGAGACAAAUCGCACGUCAUCCUCUUCUAAUGUUGAUGAUCGCACUACACAUGAGAUCUAUCUCCACCCAUUCUUCAAAGCCAUUCAAGCUGGUGUAGUUUCGUUCAUGUGUUCAUAUAACCAAGUGAAUGGAACCUACGCAUGCGAAAAUGAGCAUGUCCUCAAUGACCUGCUCAAAACAGAGCUUGGAUUUCAAGGCUAUGUCAUGACGGAUUGGUGGGCACGUUUGGAUGAAUUUGGAACACUUGCUGUGAACAAAGGGCUCGACAUGGUCAUGCCAGGCGAAGUCUCCCGCGGCGGAAAAUCCUCGUACUUUGGAACCGCACUGGUAAAUGCAGUCAAGACAGGGCAGGUACCCACCUCCCGUCUCGACGAUAUGGCAACCCGUAUACUGGCGGCGUACUAUGUGCAAGGACAGGACAGUGGAGAUUAUCCUAGCGUGAAUUUUGAUAGUUGGAAUUCUUCGAGGGGAAAGCAUAUGGAUGUUCAGGGUGAUCAUAAGAAGCUGAUCAGGAGCAUGGGGGCUGCUAGUACCGUGUUGUUGAAGAAUGAUGGAAGCCAAUUGCCAUUGGGGAAUAGCGUGAGAAGUAUUGCGGUUGUUGGGAGUGAUGCGGGGCCUAAUCCAGAGGGACCUAACAGUUGUCUAGGACGCCGCUGUAAUGUUGGCAUCUUGGCUCUUGGAUGGGGAAGUGGUACCGCCGACUUUACAUACCUCAUCGACCCGCUCUCCGCCAUAACCGCAAAGGCAAACUCUAUCAAUGCCACUGUGUUUUCAAGCCUAAGCGAUGCUGAUCUGAUUGCAGCGAAAAAUGCUUCAUCUGGGAAGGAUGUCGCAUUUGUGUUCAUUACCGCUGAUUCAGGUGAAGCAAGUGAGGGACAUAUUCUCGUCGAGGGGAAUCUAGGUGACAGGAACGAUUUGAACGCAUGGCAUGGUGGGAACGAGCUUGUAAAGGCCGUGGCGGGGGAGAACAAGAACACUGUUGUGAUCAUUCAUGCCGUUGGGGCGAUCAACAUGGAAUUAUGGAUUGAUCAUCCGAAUGUUACCGCGGUUGUACAUGCUGGACUUCAAGGUCAAGAAGCUGGAAACUCCCUCGUUGACAUCUUGUGGGGGGAUGUUAACCCCUCCGGUCGGCUGCCUUACACAAUCGCAAAGUCUCCAUCCGACUACAGUGCUGACAUAUCUAGCGGAUAUAAUGUCGAUUACACUGAGGGAUUGUAUAUCGACUAUCGAUGGUUUGACCAGAACAAUAUUACGCCACGGUUCGAGUUUGGAUAUGGACUCAGCUAUACUUCGUUCUCUUAUUCCGCUCUGGCGAUCGUAUACUUGCGUGGGGGCUUGGGUGACAAAUCUCAGGGCCCCAUUGGCCUUGAGCGGUCCUUAUCAUCGUGGCUACACAACGAUUGGAUCACAGUCACGUUUGAGCUCACUAACACUGGACUCGUGGAUGGCACUGAGAUCCCUCAGUUAUACAUAGCCCCCUCGCCUUCAUCCAACUCUCCACCUAAACAACUUCGCAACUUUGACAGUGUCUUCCUUCGAAAAGGCGAAUCAACCCUCGUGAAGAUGUGUUUGAGUCGGUAUAGUUUUGCCGUUUGGAACAGUGUUGAGCAGCGGUGGGGAGUUCCAAGGGGAAAGUAUGGCAUUUGGGUUGGAGCUAGUAGCAGGGACAGGCGUCUCUAUGAGGAGAUUCAUGUCCGAGGGUUUUGAUGCAAAGCACCAUUAAUGGGGCGAAGCGGGCCAUGGGGAGUUAAGUGUCAAGGUUGUCUGAUAAGCAGAAAUGAUUUGGUGCGCUCCAAGCGCUUGACCCAAUAUCGCAACGUUUGUUUUGCGUCCGACCAUCCCCGGGUUGGGAGUAAAGGUGCAAAUUUGGGCACGACGACAAAUCCGUUGCAUCCCAUCUAUACUAGAAGCUCUUGAGAUUAUUGACUGAUGGUGCAUUGCAACCAAGAAUCUUCCUAUUGUUGACAAAGCUGAAUCCGGUUAUGACUCUCGAAUCAUACGCGUCAAAAUAUAGCG